UGUCAAAGCCCGCUUAAAAGAUUGAAGACACGAGAUAUGGAAAAUUCGAGUGCUUCUUCGUCUUCUUCCCGAUUUACAUCAUCGACGUCGACAGCCUACCAACAACAGUCCCCUCGGAUUAAUUUGUCAUUUCUUUCACGUAAUGACGAUAGUACUCGUCCCCUACCGAAUCAAAAAGCCUCAAUAUAUAAUUUCAACAAUAACAUAAAUAUUAACAAGAAAAUUUCGACGCCACCACCAACAACCCAGGUGCCAACAACAACACGUUUCAUCGAUCUUCGAGAAAAACCUGAUGAGGAAGAGAUUGAAUCGUCGCGAAUAAUUGAUUUGUCGACUGGUGAAGCACUCGAGGUUAUCCCUUCAGUUGAAAAACAACGUCAGCGUCAGCAGAAAAGGAAACGUAGGAUUGAUCAAGAUGGAGGUCGUUCAACAUCUAUUAAUAAUAAUGUUAAUAAACCUCUCAAUAAGAAAAUGAGGAUCUCUCUCCAGCCCACCACCAAUUUCAUUGAAGAAAUUGAGGAGGAAAGCGAUAAAAGUGAUAUCGAGCAAAAUGAUAAUAACAUCACAAAAGAAAAAAGUGCAAGCAUAUUUCAACAAGGAGGUAAACUUAAAUUUACCGUUCCCUAUAAAAAAGCGUUUGCCGAUUACAUGCGGUCACAAUUCGAGUACAUGAAGAAAGGUGAUGAUAAUGCGGGCAAGAUAUAUGAGAUUAUUGAAGACGACAAUCAAGCAGCGGCAGAUAUCGAUUUGAUGAAACCGUCAAUGACGAUGGAGUUGGAUGGUGAUAUGGAGGUGUUGGAUGAUAAGGUCGUUAAUGGGUCUGUGAUGGAAGAAGAAAUACCGGUGGAUGAGAUGGAGAUCGAUUGA